AUGCGGUUACUUCUACUUCUUUUGUUACUGUUCCCUACUAUCGCUCUACCUCAAUGUGUACCUGACGAUGUGAACGGGCCGUGCGACAGGAUAAAUUCUAAUCAACUACGCGGCGUUCGAGUCAAACCUUAUUGGACUCAUGUCAUUUACGGUGGACGUGAUAUCCGACGACGGCAAAGUUCCAAUGCUAGACAUGUUUUCGAAAAGCCGGCAAUAGAAUUUAACCUACGUCCGUCAUUGUCGACGUAUCCAACGCAGCAACUUCCACAAACAAUGGAACGAUUUCUACACCUUAGACAACCACAACGAUCGAUCAGUGGCGCUGUUCAUCAUCAGGCAAAUGUGAAAAGACGUACGCACGGUGUGAAAAGUUUGGCUCUAAACAAGGACCCUAUUGACUCGUUCGAAAGAGCACUUGGUGGGGAUGAGUUUGAUGAUCGGACUCCAAUAGGGCCAAUCCGCGUGAUCAAGAUAGAGAGUGCUGAAGUGGUGGAACCACGAAAAAUUGGCAGCCACCCAUCGAGGACCAGUCAGAUCAUCCGAAGCCUUACGAGACAUUUGAAUGGAGUCAGAAAGCCAAAAGUGAUACCGUUCUCCAAAAGAGAUGAAGUCGUCAACGGUCAGAUCGUCUCUCAGCCGGAUGUGAAGGUCGCCAAAGUGGAGUCGACAAGAGCAUCCAGGGAGAUGUCCGACGACGGCGUUAGCAGUUCGGAAAUAGCAAACGGAAUCCUAGCGAAUAUCCUCAGCGAGAAUUCCUUCGCUAAAAAUGCUUCGGAUUUGCUCAAAGUAUUGACUGAACCAGAACAGACUACAAUAGGGAUAGAUCAGGCGAAUCUGCAAAACUCCACCGACACCGCUGACACGGAUAUCGAGGUUGCGGUUGAGACAACAAACAACGGCACCGACUCCUCGUUCGUAAAUUUCAACAAGGUUGACGAGAAGAUAAACGAAAUUGGAUCCGAGAUAGACGACUACAGUGUCGACGAAGAAUGGGAAGAUUUCGCGGAUGCUAAGGAUGGCACAGCGGUCUCAGCGCGGUCACGCCAACCGGGACAGAAUUCCAGAAGACGUACUUCACAGAAAACAACGCCUACUCCAGAGACGAUCACAAAAGCAACUAUAACCAGUACUGACGUCACUUCAUCGGCAACAAAUGCUCUUCAAAGUAAGGAGUCGCUUUCCGACCUACUGGACAUUUUGGGUGAGGACGGGAAUGAACGAAAGGAUGAAGAAAGUACGACUAUAGCCGAUGCUGUUCCAAGCAGUACUACGAUCUCUUCUGGAAACAGUGCUGAGAAAAGUAAGUCGAGCGAUUCGUCUGAGGAAUCCUCUGAAAAGCAAAAAACUACAGUUACAAAAGCAACUUCUGUCACUAUCGCGACAACAACUUCACGUUUCGACGACGACUUUAGAACUGCCGUGAAGGAAGAACGAGCUGAAGUGAUAAGAAUCAGGAUGCGAGAAAAAGACGCAAAGAAAAGUGCAAUUUCCAAGAAGAAAACUUCCAAGAAGAAAGAAAGUAAAUCAAAAGAUGCUGUUGAUCCCAACACCGACAUUACACCAUCCAUUGAAAAAGAGAAGAGAAUAAACACACGCCCAAAGAAAAUGAGUCAAGAAGAAGAAAAAUUGGAUGUUGAGGGCGAGGAAACGAAAAGGAGAGGGAAGAAAACGGAAAAUAGCGUAGAUGAAGACGGCGAUGAAGACGCAGAGGAGCAUUCGCGAGAAAAUAACAAAAAUAAGGAUGAGGACUCUGCAAAAGAGGAAAACGAUGACGACGACAGUGAACCUAAUACUAAGGCAAAAAAGAAAGGAAAGAAAAUGGAAGAGAAACAAAUGAGAACUGUAGAACAAGCAGAUGUUGAUGCAGAAUCGACCACUGAGGCUCCCGAGGACGAUGAGGAAGAAACAACUGAUGCGGAAAUCAAACACGGUUCCAAAAAGUCACGAAAAGGAAAAAUAAUGAAAGAGGGAAAAGAGAGUGCAAGCGAUGAGGAAAACGAAGGAGAGGAUGACAAAGGAAAGAAUGAAGAAGAUGAUGAGGAUGAUGGGGAUGAGGAGAAAGACGAUACAAUGGAAGCCACAUCGCAAACGCCUGAAAAUGACGAUCAAACCGCUGAAGAAAUAAAGAAAAACGGAAAGAAAAGAAAAGAGAAGAAAAUGAGAGUAAAAAUUGGUGAGGAGGAGGGAGAAGAAGACAAACAAGAGGAGAAGAAAGACGGAGAAGAAGAGGGAAAUGAUGACACAACAACAACGGAUCAGCCAACAAAAGGUGGAGGCGAAAGUACAAAUAUUCGAACGGACAUGAUUAUGGCAAGCUUGAAAGAUGCUCCAAACGCAAAGUACUACUAUCCUCCGAAAAUAACGGUCCCAUUACCGUCGUGUUUCUAUAAUCCCUCAGGUUAUGUGUGUUGCAAUUUGCAGCUGAACAAUCUUAUUGAGGACACUUUUCAAGAGAUCAAAAAUAUCCAAGAAUAUAGUGGUUGCAAUAUUGCCAAAAUGGCUAAUACUAUACAGAAAAAAAGCGAAGAAAUGUUCGGACAUCCAUUCGAAAGCAUCGUUGCACUUUCUGACUUUGCUCAAAAUGUGCACUUUGCCGGAGAUUUGGUUUGUAAGGUGGAGAUCGAUGGGAAGUAUAUGCUCACCUAUGCAACGCCCUACGACGCUGACCAUGCAGUCGAGCCGGUUGCUGCACCUGAACAUGCAUCGGAGCACGAAGACGAUAAGAAAGGAAAAGAUGGCAAAAAGAGAAGAAAGAAAUUGAACCAUACCAAGAAGAAGCCAUUGCCAAUACAUAACUUUAGAAUGUAA